CAAGAAAAAGUUGCAUGGGGACAGCCUUUUAAUGUGCAAGUUCUCAUCCAGAACCGUUCUCAAGAAACGAGAACCAUCACGGCAUACCUAUGUGCCAAUUCUGUCUAUUACACAGGAGUCACUGCCCGCCGACUUGGCCGUAGCGAUCGUCAGUUUGUCCUUCAACCGGGAAGCCGAGAAACUAUGCAACUUCGAAUAAGCUGGGAAGAAUACCGUGAACGAGUUGUCGAUUACGGUCACAUUAAGGUGUUCGCCAUGGCUUCAGUGCAAGAGACUAAGCAAUCGUGCAGCGCAGAAGACGACUUCCAGCUGGAGAAACCAAAGUUGGAUAUUCAGGUGCGAGGAAAUCCCCAGAUAGGCCAGGAAUGCUUUGCUACUUUCUCGUUCAUGAAUCCAGUGCCAGUUACCCUGACGGAGUGUGAGUUUUCAUUUGAAGGAUCGGGUCUGGUUCGUGCCCAAACGGUCAAAUACCGUGACGUUAAACCGGGAGAGAUGAUCAGCUUCGUUCAAAAAUUCCUUCCCCGGUUUAACGGUGAGCGCAAACUGGUUGCAACAUUCAACUCUCGAGAACUGGGUGAUAUUGUCGGCUCUCGUCCAAUUCAUGUCCGCGAGUAACCGACGUCCCACACAGUCGGAUUGCGAAACCCCAACGACUUGACGUUUUGUGCGUCUUACUUGGACUUCCCUAAAACAACUUGGCAAAUUAAUAAAACCAUUUUAUGACUUUUCACUAUAUAUGCAUACUGAUAGCGUUAAAAUUGAUGCCAUUAUCUCGAAUGCCAUUUAAGCCCUUUAUUUUCCUCCUUUCUCCCGCUGUAUGGUUCAGGUUACUGAAAUUGUUGUUAUCCUUACUUUCUCGGUGACGGUGUACUCAGCAGGAAUAAAUUUUCACCAAGCAGA